GGAAGAUUUUUGUUGACAGCGUUUACACGUCAUGGGAUGUUUGUUCUGUCUUUCAUGACCCCUUCCUGAGUCAGACAGCAGGAAAGUUGCGUCAUAAGCCGCAUUUACUCAUCGUUUACAUACAGCUGCGUCAACGAAUAUUGCAAGCGGAUCUUUCGGCAAAUCAUGGAUUUCAGUCGCAGAAAAUCGAAAGAAAGUGAUAUUAUUUGCAAAAAAAUUAGCGGGAAAUAUUUCUGACUGAAGAUUUUCAUUGAACUUUGCGUGCAUGCGAGACCAAUUGUAGAUACCAAUUUUAACGAAACUGGAAACUGUUAAUAGUGCAAAAGACUAUCGGAAAAUAUUUUUCAUUGGAAAUAAACUGCCGCACUUAUCUCGCUGAAAAUGGCUAUAAUUUGGGUCACGCUCAUUGGCCGAAUUUGUACCGUAAACGAAUUAUCUGUCUGAGAGAAAUCAACCGUCCGUAAGAUAAGUGACAGAGGGAUGACUGUAAUGCUACCUUGGCAGAUUGAUCAACCACGGCUCGUGGCAGCUGCUAAACGGAGAAGUUGUUGGCAAUCAAGACUGCAUAAGACAAAGGGAUGACUGUAAUGCUAGCUUGACAGAUUUUGGCAUACUUCCGGAAAAUUUAGUACAACAAACACGCGUUUUAAGAACUCAUGAUACGCAGAGAUGUACAUGGUAUGGCGAUUGACAAGCGUCAAAAUCAGCCAAACAUUUUCCCGAUUGAGGCUAAAAGUUAACGGUCUCUAAAUGUUUCAAUGAAUUUGAAACUCAGUGAGAUCCUCGAGGUGCAAGUUUAAAAAAAAAUUCGUCGCGAGUUUUUGACCAUCAUAGAUACAAGUGCUUUCCUCAUUAUAACAGGAAUCUUGCUUGAAGCAGGUGCUUUUGUUAAUCAGUGGUUUGAAUAAACGUUUCGUGAUCAAAUUACCUGAAGGAUGCUGAUGAUGUCCUAUUUUUCUGAAGCACGAUUGGCCGCGUCCAAGCGAUUGAUCGCGAAAUUUGCUUCAAGGUGAUUUAAUAACGACAAGUUGUGAGGUCGUAAUUUUUCAAAGCCAUUCAAUUCAGGUAAAAGAAAAACGAUUGAUAUUAAAACCAGGAAAAUCAUUGUCCAAACGAAAUUGCUAUCACAGCGAGACACUUGUUCCCAUCGUUAACAAUUGAGUUUGCGCGCCACUUUUUCAAGUCACGAUCACAAUUUUAUUUAUCAGCAAGUAUCUGAAUUCCCUCAAUAGACCAGUUUUGACAAUCGCAUUUGCAAAACGUCAGUUGGUCUCAAUAACACAGGAAACAAAAUUUGUCACAAAUUAAAGAGAACGCUUUCCCUGAACAAUUUGAAACAUAUAGCGCAAACUUGUUAUCAUCUGUUCCUAUCUCUUUUGGUAAUUAUUUGGAUAGUGUUAGUCAGUUUUAAUAUUAGUUCACCAAACAAUUUUUUUUGAUAAAAACAUAGUCUUAAAUCUAACCUGCCCCCAACUGAGUUCUUGUCUGGUUCGCAAUUUAACUUCGAUGCAACUAUCACAGAAUUAUAAGUUUUCCUUAUUCUUUCUGACCAGAAGGACCACAUCAUUGCAUUUCGCUCCUCGUGUCGCGUUGUAUGCUUUGCCAGCCUUUCUCGCAGAAAAGAUGGCCUUUACACCGAAAAGAAACAGCUACCAGAUUGAUCAUAAAGCUGCUGACGAGGUUACAGUUGCCAACUACAAGACGAAUACAAAAUCGGUUUACCAACCUAGACCAGAAACGUUAAGUUCUUUCGCUGAAAGGACUACCUUACAUGGAAUUCGAUUUGUGUUCACUGGAAGCAUUUUCAUGAGAUUACUUUGGGCUUUGAUCCUCAUAGGUUCCUUUAGUUACUGCAGUUAUGACAUUUUUAGUUCUGUGAGGGCUUUUUAUCGUCGACCAUUCCAAACGAGAAUAUUAACAGUGACCAGCAAUAACGAAAAACUACGCUUCCCUGCCGUGACGAUCUGCAAUGUCAACUCCGUAAACAGGAGACGGUUGAAAGACUUAUUAAAUACGGCAAACUACACCGAGGAAGAAAUCGAAUUAAUACUUGAGGUCUAUGCAAAAACGAUUGCAAAUUCAAAAGAUGCCUUUACUAACAAAUCAAAGGAACUCUAUCCUGAAUUGUUUCACCGCAUCCAUGGCGGCAAAGUUCCAAAACACGAUUAUAUCAAAAUGUUUGGUCAUCGAAUUGAAGACAUGCUCCUUCCAAGUCCAGUAUUUGAUUCUUGUUUUAUUAAUAAUAUGGUUUGUGGGUCCGAUAAUUUUACAGCGUUUUUUAGCUCUAUGUAUGGUCAAUGCUAUACAUUCAAUUCUGGGCACGAUGAUAGCCUCGUAAUUGAUGCUACCGCUGCUGGUGACCUAAAUGGCUUGAAGCUUUUGUUGAAUGUCGAGAGAAACAGUUACCUGGAUAAUCCGCGGAUCCCCAUCGUCGGCCUCAGAGUUCUCGUGCACGAUCAACACACCUUUCCUUUGAUGGAACAGUUUGGCUUUGCUGUCCAUCCAGGGGUUCGCGCUCUGUGCUCGAUAAAAAGGAAAAAGAUAAUAAAUUUGAAAACACCUUACUCCACCAACUGCACCAACCGAACACUCUACAUGUUGCGAGACACCGGCUACACAUAUUCAAAGUCAGCUUGUUUGAUGCAGUGCAUGAGUGAGUUUGUAAUCAAGAAAUGCGGUUGUCAUCCCAUAGAAUAUGGAGGUGAGAUGAGAGCUCAAGAAGAAAAUGAGGAACAAGGAAAGAGGCUUCGACCACCUUGUUCAAUCAUUUCCUUUCGAUUUGGUACUUCAGAAGAAAAGGUCAAAUGUGAGGAGGACUGCCCAGAGCCUUGCGAACAUACCGACUACGAGAUGUCAUUGUCAUACGCUGGCCUGCAAAGGAAUGUUUUCAUCAAAAGGCUGAAAUCACAUCUGAACAAAACCGAUAAUUUUCCUUCCUCAAUCUACGACGAUUUCCUAAAGAUGUCCUAUUCCGAGCAGAAGGAAUACAUAGAUUACCAACAGAAGAGCCGGGUAAACCCCUUUUUUUACCUCCGCAGUGAAAACAUAGUUUCGUUGGACAUCUAUUUUCAAGAUUUGAGUUACGACAGGAUCGAGCAAACUCCAGUUUUUGAAACAUGGAAUCUGUUUGCAACUUUGGGUGGCACCUUUGGCUUGUUUCUUAGCAUGAGCAUGCUGACUGUUCUUGAGUUCGUUGACUUCGCCUGCCGAAGACUUUGCAGCAAGAUCUCACGAGUUAUUACAGUACAAUAGAAAGAUUAAGCAUGACGUUACGUCAAACGGUAAA